UUUUUUUCACGUAAAGAAUAUUUACUGCGGGCUAUUGUUUAUCCUUAGCAACGUCAAUUUUAAUGGAGGAAAUGUGAUUUCUUUUUUUUUCUUGUUUAUAUAGGUUAGGGAACUGUAAACAUGGCGGCGACAUUGCCGCCGAUAAACAACAGAGGGCAAAAUGGUGUUGGGAAUAGAAAUGUUUUCAUGCCCACUCCACCUAGAGGCCCACCAAGUGGCAGAUUACAACCUAUUAAGGUACCAGGCAAAGCUGAAAGGGAUUUGUUUUUUAAACAAGAAAAAUUAAGACAACAACAGCCUGAACUAAGCAAAAAGCAGACCACAAGGUACAGAAAUUCAUAUAAACAUAACUUGUGCUUAGACAUGCUACAAGAUGGAUAUCAUAAAUCAUUUAGUGAACUUUUUGCACUUAUAAAACAACAAGAAGAAGAAAGACAAAGACAAGGUGAAGAGUCAUUAAUGUGGACAAUGGUCAUGUUAAAAGACCAACAUGAAAAACUGGACAUGUUAAAACAACAUUUGUGUAAAGCAGAAGAAGCUGAAAGAAAAGGUGAUUUUGGUGAGGUAUACAGAAGUAGAUAUGAACUUGCCAGAUAUUUUCAAUCAGGUGGAGAUAAGUGGUUAGCUGAUCAUUUUUUUACAACUUGUUUACAAACCAGUGCCCAGGUCAAAGGUGAUAAUGGGAAAACACAAGCACAAGGAUAUUUAAAUGUUGGAUUAGCUUUAGAGGAACAAGGAGAUGUUUUGUCAGCUGCUGAACAUUUUGAAGCUUAUUAUAAACUUUCUGUGGACCAUAGAGAAUGGAUACAGGCAGAUAACUUAACAUUCCACACUGAUGCCUGUAUCAACUUAUGGAGGAUUUACUCUUCAAUAGCUGCUAGUAUAGAAGAGGAGGAUCCACAAGAGUCAUUAGAUUAUUUGAUCAAGGCCUUAAAAUUAGCAACAGAAAGUCAAGACAAAGAGUUACAAGGAAUAGCCUCCUACAGAUUAGGUCAUGCUUAUGAACAGAAUGGAGAUGGGGAGACUGCUCUAUUGCAUUUAAAUGAAUAUUUGAAAAUCUGUACCGCUGAGAGUGACAGUGAAGGAAUUGGUAAAGCUUGUGAUGCAAUCGCAAAGGCUUAUGCAAAACAAGGUAAAGUUGAAGAAAGCAUCACCUACCUGAAGAAAUUUGUUGAAGUAGCUGAGAAAAGUGGAGAGGAAGUGGCUCUUAGUAAAGCUUGUCAUAACUUAGGAAAUAUAUUUAAUUCUCUGGGUCGCUAUUCAGAGGCAACAGAAUAUUUCAGUAAAUCUUACAAUUUAUCACGGUCCCUGGGAGACAAAGAAGCCAUCAGUACUAACAGGGUACAGUUUGGUAUUGCUAUGGCCCACAAGAUGAUGAAGGGACUAGACAGCCACACAGUGAUGGGAACAAGACCUGCAUUGGAAAGAUUGAUCGAGUGGAAAAACGCUAGAGUUGAUGAAUUUGAAAAGCCCUUCCCAGAACCUAAAAAAGAAGAGCCAAAACCCAGAGAGCCAACGCCCCCACCACCACAGUCUCAAGUGACUGAAGAAACAGAGCAGGAGCCACAGGAAGAGGAGAAAGUAGACGAUACCAAAACUAAAUCUGAGGGGUCUGAAGAUACCUCAUCUGUCACUGAAACUACAGCUAGCUGAAAUACUACAAACAAUUAACUAAUCAUUGUAUACAUCUUUGUUGAUUCAGUAUUGAAUAGAACAUUUUCUGCUGAAAAUUUGUGGUUUAUUUCAAAGGAAUGAAUUGAAAGAUACAAAGGUUUCUUACGAUUUAAAAAAAAAGCAAGAUUUACUCUAUUUUAUCCCUCCUCUGAAAAAAAAAACAUAAGAAGAAACAAUAGUCCUUUUAAGCAUUCCUUUUCAAAUGAAUAUCAUAUGAUAUGGGUGAUUUUUCAGUACUAUAUUUGUGUUGAUACUCAUUUCCACAACUUAGAAUUCUUUUCAAUAUUUUUUUUCAUAAAUUUAAAAUACUGAAUGGAAUUCUAUGUUUUAUAAUUCAUUUGAAUAUAAGUGCUUUGAUUUCAAUUAUGAAUUUUCUGAUAGCAUUCUUGUACUUUAUACUUAAUGGACAGCAUUAGUAAUAAACUUUUCUUCUGUCUUCCAGUCUUACUCUUAAAUGAACUUAAAUAGGUGCCUUUUUUGUAUUUUGGUCUAUUGUAGAUGUAAGUGGCUUAUCACAUUUUGUAAUGCUCUGUUUCUUUCUUUUCUUUCAAUAAUAAUAGGAAAUUUAUUUUUAUAUUUCGACUUUGUACUAUUGUCAUGUCAAUGUGCAUUACAUUGUGUCAUAUUUUGUGUAAAUUAUUAUAUUUAUUUGAAAGGAGAUAUUCCGUCCAUUUUAACUUGAAAGUACAGAAAAUCAAUAAAGAGAUUCUGUACUGAGUUGUGUUACAAUUCUGUUUACAUUUUUUUAACUGCUGCUUUUAAAAUUGCAGAAGGAAUGUUUUUUAAUUUAUAAAUUGUUUUCAGAUUAACUGAUCUUUAAUGCAAAAUUUGGUUGUUUAAGUUCCCAUGAAACAUAAUAGGUAAAACUUAAUUUAUUUCAAGUCCUGUUUCAAAAAAAGUGUUUCAUUUUCUUAUAUAAUAAAAUAAAUUUCGGAGAUAAAAACAUAUUUCUGAAAAAAAGAAAAUGGAAAAACUAUAUUAUAAUGUGACAAAGGACACAAUUGAGUUUGAAACGUCUUAAAGGAUUUAGUUUUAAAAGAAGAGUUGAUUUGUUUUGUAUUCUGUGAUAUAUUUAUCUGAUAUGUAAUAAAACAUAUAUUUUUCAUUCAUGUUAUUUUCUAAUCUUUCAUAUACAAAUUGUUAUAUGUAAGUAUAUGAAAGAUUAAUUCAUUAGAAAAUUUAAAGAAUAAAGUAUAAAAAGUC